UGCCAUGAAGGUGAAAGAUGAAAAACUUUGAGACUUUACCGACUGAUUUUUAGUAACCACAAUUAAACAAACCAGCCAAUUCACAAUAGACCAUUUUUGAAAAAUUCAAAGAGAAGAUUGUUUUGGGAAAAAGAGAGAAGAAAAAGAAAAACGAAGCAUGCAGUUGAAAAGAAUUGAGUGAUGAACCACGCCCGAGGAUGAAGAAAAAACAAAUAGUGCUUUUUUCUUUGGACAAGCAAGAUCAUGCUUGAGGAAAAGUGAGUAAUAUCGAACCGCAAGAAGGAUUUUUUCAAUAUCUUCUAAAACAGACGGAAGACCCCAUUAAUUUCUGUUCAAUUUCUCUUUCGAUUGACCCAAUAAUCGUCCAGGUUCAAUGUCCUUCUCCUCCGAUUGCCUCCCUUAAAUUUUUUACAUUUCCUCAACAGGUUCCCAUUCCCUUAUCAGUCAAGAAUUUUGGCUGAUGAAGUAGAGAUUUCACUCUUCACUUCUUACUUUCUUACACCCACAAAGCAAAUCCCGCCGGAGCUCGUCACUCUCCACCACUUCUAAUGGACUUCUCUCAGUUCCGUCCGCUCGACGAGACCUCCCUGAUUGAGUACAUUAAGACUGUUCCUUCCUUGUCCGACAAGCUCGAUAAUAAGUUCGAUGGCAUUGAGAUUAAGGAAGUCGGAGAUGGUAACCUUAAUUUCGUUUACGUAGUCGUGGGUUCAUCCGGUUCCUUCGUUAUCAAGCAGGCUAUUCCUUACGUUCGUUGCAUAGGGGAGUCAUGGCCAAUGACAAAGGAGCGAGCAUAUUUUGAGGCAGUGGCAUUGAGAAAGCAUGGACAUUUGUGCCCAAAUCAUGUUCCCAAUGUUUAUCACUUUGAUCGUACAAUGUCGUUGAUUGGCAUGCGCUACUUGGAACCUCCUCAUAUAAUCUUGAGGAAGGGUUUGAUUGCUGGAAUUGAGUACCCAUUGCUGGCAGAUCACAUAUCAGAAUACAUGGCAAAGACUCUCUUUGGCACAUCCAUCCUUUAUAAUUCAACCACCGUGCACAAAGAAUCCGUUGCAGAGUUCUGUGGGAAUGUGGAGUUAUGCAGGCUCACUGAACAAGUUGUGUUUUCUGACCCGUACAAAGUUUCUGAACACAACCGGUGGACAUCACCGUAUCUUGAUCUUGAUGCUGAGGCUAUUAGAGAAGACAAUGAUUUGAAGGUUGAGAUUGCUGAGUUGAAAGCUAAGUUUAUAGAGAGAACCCAGGCCCUUGUUCAUGGAGAUCUUCACACAGGGUCUAUUAUGGUCACUCAAGAGUCAACUCAAGUCAUCGAUCCGGAGUUUGCAUUCUAUGGACCAAUGGGUUUUGAUAUCGGAGCAUUUUUGGGGAACUUAAUCUUGGCCUUCUUUUCACAAGAUGGACAUGCUGUGGAAGGUAAUGAUCGAAAGGCAUACAAAGAGUGGAUUCUUAGGAUGAUUGAAGAGACUUGGAAUCUGUUUCGUAAGAAGUUUGUGGCACUUUGGGAGCUGCACAAGGAUGGUCCUGGGGAGGCUUAUCUCCCUGCCAUUUACAACAACCCCGAGCUUCAGCAGCUCGUUCAGAACAAAUAUUUGACUGAGGUGUUCCAUGACAGCCUUGGUUUUGGAGCUGCUAAAAUGAUCAGGAGAAUAGUGGGAGUGGCUCAUGUGGCAGAUUUUGAAACCAUCAAGGACCCCAGCAAGAGAGCAGAGUGCGAGAGGCGAGGCCUUGAAUUGGCGAAGUUAGUUCUGAAGAAAAGGAGGAAUUUCAAUUCAAUAUCUCAGGUCAUAUCUGCCAUUCGAGAGAUCCAAUAAAUCUAUUUGUGUCUGGCUCUGCUCAUUGGGCACAGAAACAAAGUGUUUGUGUGUGGAAAAUGCUCUUUGAAUAUGGAAUUUCAUGAGCUUCCCAGCACCCAAUAAUCUUUGUUUUCUGUUUUCCAAAUUCAUGAUUGUAUGAGUUUUUAGUUGAAAUAAGGUGAUGGCUAAAAUGAGCAUAGCUCAUUUGGCAUACAAGUAGUAUCGUAAACAGAGGUUUGAGGUAUGUACCACAUCCUCGAAGUGUCCAAAAAAGAAGAAAAGAACGAGUUUUAUUGGAAUUGCCAUUAUUCGCCUUAGUAAAACUAAUGCCUAUCUUCAUUACUCUA